UAUCAGCUUCGUUACAUUUAGCCAAGCUUCUCAGCUCAAUAUCAAGUUGCCCAGAUAAUCAUAUAUUGCCAACAUGCAGAACCUGAUCAAGAGUCGUGCAGCCUUUGAGAUAUUGAAGAAGCCGCUGCCGAAGCUUUCACAUUGCUACAGGGACAGCGAAAGCGAGAGCGACAGCGAUAACGAUAACGAUAACGAGGACACGGCUGCAACAACAAUAGGUGCAACAAGUGCCACAGCUGCAACCAACACUGUGGGGCAACUCAAUGUGAAUGCCUCUGAGUUUGUGCCACGCUCAAAGGUUGCCAGUGAACCGGAAAAUGCAACCCUGGCCGAGCUGAAGCGUCACCUUGAGGCUUUAGACGAGCGCAAGCCAACGCAACAAAGAUUGUUGCUGCCCUGGAGAGGAUUUCCCAAACCCAUGCGGGUGGAGCGCCCCAGCAAUGCGACCCUUGUCACAGAGCAGAAACUUAUCGAAAAGCCAGACGAAAUCAAAAACAGUUUAAGCUUAAAACGCUCCCAGACAGACAAAGAGGCGCAAACCAUGGGCAUACGCAAGAAGCAAUUAAAGGAGAAGACCUCGAUGAAGGAUUCCGUGCCCGAUGAGAGAAAGCGUGAACAGGAACGCAAAGUGGCAUUGGAGGCGUUGAAACUUGUCGAGCAACGACGCAUGCGUGAGUCUCUCGAGGAGAAGCCACAGAUCAUAGUGCAUCUCAAUCGCUCUCCCGUGAAUUUUACGCCGGAAGAACGUGUGCGUGUGGAUCGACUGCGUUUGAUUAAGAGGGAACACAUUGAGCGUGUACUGCGCGAAAUGGAGCUGGAAAUGAAAAAGCAUAAGACUCAAUCCAUACAUUCAACAGGUCGCUACGUUGGACUGCAACGCGCUGCCAAAAAGGAUUCAGAGAUGAACACGGAGACGGAGUCAAAGCAGCAGAUACAGACGAAUACAGAGCCGGAAUCGGAAUCGGAGAAGCAGCCACCACGACGUUAUAUACCUACUGUCAAGCAGUGGGAUGAACGAUGCAAAGCCAAGGCUCAUGUGACAGCUGCCAAUAAAGAGAACGCCAUGACUCGCAAACCUCUAGUUCGACCUGAGGAGAAUGUCACCAUUCAACGUGCUAUGAUUUCCUCAAGUGUGGACAACAUAAUGCCCUCAACUAUUGCCAGCAUCAACAGCAAUUGUGAUAACAAGGAGCAACAACAGCACAAGGAUCGCGAACUGUUUGUGCCACGCUAUUGGCCACCAGCUCCCUUGGUGGCAAGUGGCGAGAAGCGUCGUGGCAACUUGACCCAUGCCCGCAACAUUUCACGCGCCUUUGCCAAUUGCGGACUGCUGCCGACCCCGACCCUCCCUGGAGCUGAGCAUGUAAAUCAUUUUACUGAACCAAUCUAUGAGCUGCAGAACGCAACGAAGUCUGUGAAACGCUACGGAAUGGAUGAACUGCUCGACUUGGAGCCACAGCCACAUGAACUACGGAAGCCCUACAUCCAUCUGGAACUCCGAAAGCUCGGUUUUAUGUGCGAAUAGCUGCAACAGUCUGGAGUCAGUAGAUAUUCUAUAUAUGAACCUCUCCUUAACCCUUUCCCCGUCUGUCUUUGUUUCUGUUCAUUUGUGAAUUAUUCAGUUCGUUUGUUAUUAUUUAUGAUAUGAUGUUUAUCCAGU